AUGGCUAAGAUUCUAUUUUUGAUUUCCAUAAUGCUUCUUAGUUCUUACUUAACGGAGCAAGCAAAAUUAUCGCACGAUAACAUGGUUGAUAAAUCAGACAUGGAAACUAAUAGAUUAAAGGCUGGAGAAAAUGUUCAUCCCAAUUUAGAGGAAGAAGAACAUUUGAUGUUGUUGCGAACAAGAGGAGUUGAAACCGCUACUAAAUCGAAAAUUCUGUACAAAAUCCGCAAUCCCAGGUACGUAUUGGACAACCAGAUUCACAAGGAAUUUGACGCAAGAAAACGGUGGCCCCAAUGCAAAACAAUUGGUGAAAUCUUCAAUGAAGGAAACGCCCUCUUGUCUUGGGUAUUUGCCCACACCGGGGCAUUUGCAGACAGAAUGUGCAUAGCUACUAAUGGAAGUUACAAUCAACUCCUAUCCACCGAAGAGCUAAUUUCCUGCAGUGGUAUAAAAGAAGAUAAAAACGGUUUUAUUGGUAGUUAUAGCGGCGCUUGGGAAUAUUUCAAAACUCACGGCUUGGUCUCUGGUGGAAAAUACAACACUAACGAUGGAUGUCAACCUUCCAAAAUUCCAUCAGUUUAUAACACACCAACAAAAAUAAACAAACGCACAUGCGUCAACUACUGUUACGGUAAUGAUACGGUCAAUUACAACCAUGAUCACGUGAAAGUUAACAACCUCUAUGGUAUAUCAUACCAAGAUAUUCAAAAGGAAGUGCAAACUUACGGUCCAGUCACGGUAAUUUUCAACUUUUACGACGACUUGUUUCUUUACAAAAGUGGUGUUUACGCAAAAACUGAAAAAUCAAAAUGGUUACGAUAUCAAUAUGCCAAGUUAAUUGGAUGGGGAGUCGAAAAUGAUGUAGACUAUUGGUUGUUGGUCAACUCUUGGGGCUAUGAAUGGGGACAGAAUGGACUUUUCAAAAUAAAAAGGGGCACAAAUGAAUGCGGCAUCGAAAGUUGUGUUUAUGCAGGUGAACCUGAAAUAAAAUAA